AGUCGGAGUCUGGAUGCUGACGGUGGGAGCUGGAACGCUCUUGCAUCGGCGGUUCUCGCGUACUCGUGGUUCAUCUGCUCGCUUUGUGCGGCCUCCAGUGGGUGUCUGUGGGAUGUUCACCGCCGUCUAAAUUCUCUGUGCUUGGUGAACGUCGCAAGCUGAGAGGAUCCCUAAACGUGAUUUCUUCGAGGUGGAGUGAGGGUGGGGAGAUGCAGUGUCAUGAUCGAAGUGUUCUGUCAGGAGGUCUCUGAUAUUUAGCUCCGGUGCUUCGUUUUACUAAGUUACCUGAAUAAUAAGUUUGUCAGGGUAUGGUUCAGAAAUGUAAAUGUUGAGUGUAUUCUGUUAUCUUUAUUGGUGAUGCUAAUGGUUAUUCAACAUGAGCAAAUAGCGCAGCAUUUUGUAGUGACUGGUAGAUAGGAAUAUGCACUUUAUCGAAAUGAAACAAACGCGAGCGCUCAUGUCAUAACCCAUAUGUCUUUCCAAUACGUCCUUCAUAUUGAGGCUGGAAAGGCAAUUUUGGUUGAGAUUUAUUAAAGCAGAAAUAACUAAAGGCUGCCAAUAAAAAGAACGAAUGGAGUUGUCAUAAAGACCUUGUAAUUUACAGGCGCGUGACAGGAAAUUAUAAGUAUUUAUAGAAGUACAAUUAAGUAAGAAAAGUAGUAAUUGCUCGAGUUAAAAUAAAUAUUUUACAAAGAAACUAAAACACCUAAAGAUUAAUUCGCAUCCUUUUUAUGAACCUGUUAUUGAUAAGGAUUUUAUGUUCAUGGUACACUAAACUUCGAUAUUUAUAAGGCAUUUUACUAUAUGACGAUGACUACUGAAUAAGUGAACAUAAUAUAGGCGGUGUUCCUUCUAAGAAUGGUAAAUUGUAGGUCAGUUUAUGUGAGUAGGUCAUCGGAUACCAAUGGAUACCACUACAUGAACCAUCUCUCCACGGUUGGACAGCCAUAGACAUGUUGCGCCGCAGCCUUUCGUGACAUGAUGGGACGAUUACUUCAAACAUGCAUCCCAGGAAGUGUUUCGUGGACAAAUUUGUUCUUCGUUUAUGUGGUCGUGGUUUGCACCAACGUAAGCUCAAGCUCCUUGCCUGAAGUUCUUCGGAUAGGUGUCCUGUACGACGACAUUCAGACAUUCGACGAUGAGCAGCUCCUCUUGCGUAUAUUGGAUCGAGCCAACUGGAAUGCAACUGAGGCUCGGGGAGCGCCGUCUGGAACGCAAUUUCCCCGAGCAGCUAAGCUGGACCUCGCCUUUCGAAAGAUUUCUCCCAAGGACGCAUUUCAUUCGGCAAAACAAGUGUGCAAGCUCUUGGAGCAAGGUCUUCUCGCUCUGAUCGGUCCGCGACAUCCGACAACUGCGUCGCUGGCAAAAACUGCUUGUGCCCGGCACCGAGUCCCCCACAUCUAUCUGCAUCGUGAGCUACUCGGUCGCGGCCCUCCCCCUGACUCGGCUUCCUUCACUGUGACGCCUAGCCCCGAGGAGCUGGGCUUGGCCAUUAGAGAUCUCGUCGUGGCCCAGCAAUGGAGACACUUUACUCUCGUGUACGAAAAACCAGAAGCCUUAAUCCGGCUUCAAGGGAUACUGGAGCUUCAAUCUCCGGAAACGGGGUUGCCCGUUUCCGUCACCCUGAGGAUCAUCCCACCGGACCACGAUCUCAAGCCGGUGCUCAGAGACAUUGCCAAGGCUGGAGAGAGCAACUUGCUUCUUGACGUAGCCGCAAGAAGACUCGAAGAACUUCUCAAAUAUGCACAAAAGAUUGGAAUUGUCACCGAGUACCACAACUACAUCGUAUCCACAUUGGACCUUCACACUGUUGACCUGUCCGACUUUCGGCAUUCUCGUACAAACCUCACCGGAUUCGAACUGCUGGAGCGAGAGCUCUGGGAACAGGACCCCGGGGUAACAAGAGAGGCCUACGCCAGCAUGGGAAUCUACCCUGUUUUCCUCCGGACCAGACCCACCCGGAAACCUCUAAAUGUGGAUUCUGCGCUCGCACAAGACGCCCUUGAGAUGCUUCUUCAAGCCACAAAAUUCCUGGCCCGAACAAAGUCCCUCGGAUGGCCAGCUAGCGUGCGCUGUCACAGUAAUCCUCUAGGAAAAACUUGGGUGCAGGCGAGAGCACUUAUUGAAGCCGUCAAAAAUCUUCGCUUCUCAGGACUGAGUGGACCAGUGUUCUUGGACCCUUUUGGGAGAAGGUACAAUCUCACGCUGCACGUCCUACAGCUAAAAAAAGCAGGACUAGCGUCGAUAGGAUCUUGGUCACCCGAGUCCGGACUCAAGAUAACGAGGACGGCGUCAAUGGUCCAAGAGGAAAUCAUGGAAACGCUUCAAAACAAGACAUUCAAGAUUACGACGCUCAUUAACGCUCCUUACGUGAUGCUGAAAGAGUCGGCAUCCAGACUGAGCGGCAACGACCGCUUCGAAGGCUUCUGCGUCGACCUGGUGCGCGAGAUGUCUCGGUUGCUGGGCUUCCGUUACCAGCUGCGCCUAGUCAGGGACGGCUCCUAUGGGACCAGGAACCGGGACGGACGCUGGAACGGGAUGGUGCGGGAAAUUAUCGACAGGGAGGCUGACUUGGCUCUCGCCGAUUUGACCAUCACCUACUCACGAGACGAAGCCGUGGACUUCACGACUCCCUUCAUGACGCUGGGCAUCGGCAUCCUUUUCCGCAAGCCGCAAGAGAACCAGGCUCUGCUGUUCUUCCUGUCACCUCUCUCGGUGGACGUUUGGUUGUGCAUGGCACUGGCCUACUUGGGCGUGAGCCUACUUCUGUGCCUGGUGGCUCGCUUUAGCCCCGCCGAGUACUACUACAGUGAAAAUACUCAACUGUGCGACCAUCAUAGCGGCUGUCCUUUGAGGAACCGCUUUACGCUUCUCAAUAGUCUUUGGUUUACCAUAAGUGCCAUUAUGCAGCAAGGGUGCGAGAACUCGCCUAGGUCCGUCCCUGCAAGAGUGAUUGCAGCCUCUUGGUGGUUCUUUUCCUUCGUGGUUAUUUCGUCGUACACUGCCAACCUCGCUUCAUUUUUGACACGAGAGAGGCUGCGCUCUCCUAUCGACAGCGCAGAGGAUUUGGCGAGACAGUCGCACAUUCGCUACGGAUGCGUCCGAUCUGGCUCCACGGAGGCCUUCUUCAAAGAGUCCAAGUCAGAGACCUACGAGAGAAUGUGGCAGGCGAUGUCCGGUUCUCUGGCUGACUCGAACGCGGACGGCGUGUCCAGGGUGCAGGCUGGAGGCUACGCCUUCCUUAUGGAGUCCACGACUAUAGAAUAUGUUGUGGAGAGGAAUUGCCAGUUGACCCAAGUUGGUGGACUUCUGGAUUCCAAGGGUUACGGCAUCGCCAUGCCCGCUGGUUCGCCAUACCGAAGUCACCUGUCGGCGGCCAUCCUGCGGCUUCAGGAGGACGGAACCAUGCAAAUGCUCAAAAACCGUUGGUGGAAGGUCGGCCCGCCAAAACACUGUCCCGAACAGUCCAGAUCGGAAACUUUGAGGCCAGGGUCCGCCAGCGAACUUGGGUUGGCCAAAGUGGGCGGGGUUUUUGUUGUUCUCCUAGGCGGACUAGGUAUUGCCUGCGUCAUCGCCUUCGUGGAGUUCUUCUGCAAGGCCCGAUCAUUCAGCAAGAGCAAGCACCGGAAGCUACCUUUUGAGCUCGAAGAACAGAAGGACAGCCGUGUUUGACCCUCAGCGUAUAAGAGAUUUUGGGCAUCCAGAUCUUCUUUUGAAGAUGGGAUGUGAAUAAGACAGUGCUUCACUAGUCGUGUCUUCAUCUGACUCUGUGCACGGAUGUUCUCUUGGACACUGAACGGACUUAAUGUUUCUUGAUGACAUGUGGUAGGGAAGUGUAAAACAUCUGCAUGAAGUGAACAUUGAAAAAGUAUGUGGAGUAUGUUGUUCAAAAGAGCUAUUCGUACCACCUUCAUUUUAUAUGCAAAUAAACUUGUCACCAUUUGUU